AUGCGCCGGGGCACCGAUGGGCUGCCGCCGCACGGCCCUCCGUACAGUCCUCCGUGCAUCCGCCCCGCGAGGCCCUCCGACCUGGGGCCUCGCGGCCGCACCGACGCGGCCGCCGCCGCCGCCCUGGACCUGCUGCAGAGGGACCCUGCGGAUGUACUGGUGCGGGGGCGGGCGGGCGGUGGCCUCGCCGGCGGGGCGGCCGCCACUCGGCGGAGCAGGCCGUCGGCAGCGCAGCUGGCGCGGGAGAGGUACACCCAGCUGCUGCAGCAGCAGGCCCCGCCCGACCUGCUCGACCUCGACUCGCCCGUCGCCGCGCCCGGCUCGCCAGCGCUGGCCGCGCCGCCGGGACCUGGCGGCGCCGCAGGGGCGCCGCUGGCCGCCGCGGGGUCGCGGGCGGUGCCUGCCGCGGCGGGGCCUCUGGCGCCGCAGUCGGCCGCGUCCAGCGACGUCUUCCAGGGGGAGACCGUGUCGGCCAGGUACGCCCCCGACGGGCGCUUCUACUGGGCGCGCGUGGUCCAGGCCUACAUGCGGCAGGGAGCCUCGCUCGUGGACGUGGCGUGGCUUCGCCCUCACGCGGGGGCGAGCGAGGCCGAGGCGGCCCAGUACCUGAUCGGCCAGGGGCGCGCGGCGACGCUGGACGAAGCGCAUUACCAGAACGGGCUGCGCGUCGGCGUCGACGUCCACCGCGGCGCGCAGCCGCCCGCCCCUGCCGUGGGCAGCGUCGGGCCCGCCCCGCCGGCGUGGGCAGCGGCGGGCAGCCCCGCAGGGGGCCCAGACCUCGGAGCCCUCGCGCCGGACCUCCUCGACCUGCAGGCCGGCCCUCCCGAGAGCGCGCAGGCCCGCGACGUCGCCGCGGCGGGCCUGCUGGGCCUGCAGCCCGCGCCUGCCCUGCUGGGCCUGCAGCCCGUGGUGCUCGCCCCUGGCGCCGGCCACUGCGGCCCUUCCGUCCCCUCGGGCGCGCCUCCGCCGAUGGCCCACUCGGCCGCCAACGGCUUCCCGGCAGGCGUGCCCGCGCAGCCGCCCUCGGGCGGAGGGCUCGGCGCUGCCUCGGGAGCCGUGACGUUUGCCAGCGCGGCGCCCAGUGCCAGCCCUGCAGCAGCAGCGGCGCCCGCGCCGGGCGAGCGCUUCAGCUUCGUGGCCGACAUGCUGUGUGAGGCGCGCACGGAGGCGCCGCUGCCGCCGGCAUCUGCACGCGAGGCGGCCUCGGGCCCGACGCAGAGCUGGUCCAAGGACCAGCUGGCCAAGCAGAGACGUGCCGGAAAUCACAUGAUCACGGUCGUUGCCGCAAUCGGCGGCUUCGUCACCAAGCAGGGCAACCUAGCCGCUGCCAUUCCAGCUUCGAAGGAAGAGCUGGCUGGGGCGAGCGGGAUCUGGUUGAAGCCGCGCGAGCUCGCGCCCGAAUCCACCGCGGCGGCCGACGAGGGCGACUGCGAUGCCGUCGCCAAUGCUUCGCGGGCGGCUGGCGGCGACGCUGGCGAGAGGGUGGCCGACGUCGAGGUCCGAGUGGAAGAGCUCAGAGAGCUGGAGAAGCUCCUGCAGGGGAUCGCCGAGCUGAGGGGCAAGCCUCGCGACGCCUUCGAUCGCUUCGCGACCGCGGGGGCCCGGGCGUGGAAGAUCGAGGGGGGCGGCGAGAGCGGCUGGGCUGGCGAGGCCCACGCUGGCGCACUGCUGUCCGACAUCGAAAAACGCAUCCCGAAGGUCACCAGGGUUGCACAGCUGCCCGAGAAGGCGUUGGCCGGCGUCGCCAGCGAGUCCCUGCCCCCGAUGUUCAUCGGGACUAUGGGCGAGAUCAAAGCAAGCCGCGACAACGUCCUCGAGCUGGCGCAGAAUUUCGGCCUGCACGGGGCUGCCUCGAGAGCUGGCCAGUUCUUCACGGACGACGAGAAAACUAAGUUUGCAAUCGUCGGCUAUAGCAUAUCCAGGCUGUUCGCUGUUCUGUCGGCGGAGUCGUUCGUGCGAGGCCAGAGAACGUGGAACUACGCACCACAGGCCACACCCGUGCGGGCGCAGUGGGAGGCGUCGCCCAGCUGCAGGUUCGGCUUCGGGCCCCACGACCAGACGCCGCGCAGCAGCAGGAGCCAGCGCGAGCAGCUGCAAGCAAUUCGGGAGCGUCUCCUUCUCGAGGAAGAUGAGGCUCCGCUGGUGCAGGCCGAGACGCCGCACCAGGACCGGCGCGAUCCGCUCACCCAUCCCCAGGUUCCGCGGCAGGGUGCGUCCCACCCACAUUCUCUUCCGCGGCUGGCGAACACCUCGCCGCUUGCGCUGGGCCUGACGCGGCAGCCCGGGUCGAGGCCGCCCUCGUCGGCAGGAGACCCCCAGGUGGUGAAGUGGCGCCAUUGCUUGUCCUCGGGCUUGUCCUCGGACUUCAGAGAGGAGCAAGCGUACGACGACGAGUUCAUCGGCCUGUAUGCGGAGGCGGAGGACUUCCGCAUGCAGACCCCUCCGCCUAGCCAGCGCGCCGCCCAGCUCGCGAGGUUAUCGGCAUCGUUUCCGCAGAACGACGGUCUUUACGGCGGACAAGCGCCCGAGGAGAUCAGCGUUCCAGAAGACUGCGGAUUCUUGCCCUCGGCGGCCAAGUCGCCGCUCUUCGAGGGCCUCCGCGUGGACAGCGCCCUGCCGCUGCCGGGCACCAGGAGGCCGAGGGGCAAGCACGUGCUCGCAGACCCGAAGCCCGGCAACGAGACGGAGACGACGGCCUGCACCUCCAACGACCAGAAGGACCCGGCGGAGCGACCCCGCCAGGAGCCCUCCUUGUUCGGGCUGCUGGACUCGCUGCUAGGCGUCUGA